AGUCUGUUGCUGGGAAAGAUGUCAUCACGGUUGACUGUGGCGGACUGACGGGCCGAUAUGUGGGGAUAGCUCUGCCCGACAAGAAACAGUACCUCAUCCUGUGUGAGGUGGAAGUUUAUGGAGGAAUGUCACCAACUGAAGUCAGCAGGCCAACGCUGAAAUAUGGCCAAUGUGCUGAAGGCACUACUAACCUGGCCUUUGAACCGUCCGGCGACCCAGUCUAGUACUGACUUUAAAGGAGCUCCCGGACGGGCUGUAGACGGGAACCGUAACGCCAUCUAUGCCAAAAAGUCUUGUUCUCACACGGCAAUGGAGCGGGAUCCAUGGUGGCGAGUCGACCUGGGCAGCAGCCAGUGUGUGGAUCGGGUGGUCGUCGUUAAGCGACAGCACAUCGGCGGUCAUUGGCUGGAAGGCUUCCAGGUUUACGUUGGCGACAACCCGAACGUGGUGGAAAACCCUACCUGUGGCGGAAAGCAGUCUGUUGCUGGGAAAGACGUCAUCACGGUUGACUGUGGCGGACUGACGGGCCGAUAUGUGGGGAUAGCUCUGCCGGACAAGAAACAGUACCUCAUCCUGUGUGAGGUGGAGGUGUAUGGAGGUGUGACAAUGAAACCACAAAAGGCCGAACUGAUAGGUUCAGUGAAAGCUCAAGACGCCGGAUCGACAAGCUCUGGUCUGAAACUUCAAGCACCAAAACCGAAAGCUUACGCGCCUCCACGCGCACCUCAAGCGCCGAAGCCGAAGGUUGUCCAGACGACCGGCCAGGAGAAACCAGGCGCCGGGCACGGAGUGGUCAUCACGAUCGGACGGGGCAGCUCCGGAGGAAGCUCUGGAUCUGCCGGGGAUGGAGCAAUUAACAUCAUUAACAACCAGAUCUCCGUAUACAGCAGCGGUGGUGGGUGUCAAUGCAAAACGGCCAGAUGUGCCUGCCCAGUUAAGAAGGGAACAGAUCCGUCCACUGCUUCAAAGCCGGCUGACCUGACUGAGAUUCUUAAGCAACGUCUGCGGGGCUCCGUAGAGCGGAUUGGGGAUAGCACCUCCAACGUACAGGAGCAAUACACUGUGGAGACCGUCUCUGAGCCAUUUGUGAGUGAGGUGUCUGAAGAAAGAGUCGUCCUUCAGUCAGAAACACGCGAAACACAAGGUGACCUCGAGGAUCAGCUAGCUGACAACAUGGCUGUUUCUGAUGACGACACGGCUGUUUCUGAUGACGACACGGCUGUUUCUGAUGACGACAUGGCUGUUUCUGAUGACGUCACGGCUGUUUCUGACGACGAGUCGACAGCCCAGGCUACGGAGGAGCUCGAGGCGGUGGGCAGCAAGCUGAACACACUGCGCGAGUUGCUGAACCUCGCUUAGAUGCGACAUCUAACGACAUAAUGUAGAACUGCAGAUUGAAACUUAUUCAUUUGGUCUUUAAACAUGUUCAUCGAUAUCGGCUAAGCAGCGACAUCCAACGACAUGAUGUAGUACUGUAGAUCUAGACUUCCAUCAGUUUUCAAGCAUGUCGUUUGGUGACAAAAUAGUAACAAACCAGCAAGACAUCACCAAAUUGGCUAGGCACUAUAAACUUGUCUGGCGUAUUUGAUAGAUCCCCUUGUAGAUGAAAUCCAUUAUACACUGAAAUAUGUGGUGUCGACCUUUUGUUUCUUUAAAAGUGAUGGGUGUAAUCUCCAAUCAGAUUUAGGAUCCUACCUCAGCGGCUUGGUCGCAUUUUUCCUCUUUGGAGAAGGCGAAGAACAGAACCGAAAUAUGUACCCUCAACGAUGUGUAAAAAUAUUGAACAAAAUACACGUAAACACUGUAGCCUGGUAUCCGAACCUGGUAUAGCUGCCAAGUCUCUAAAGACAAAAGAGACCCGACAGCUAAAGUGUAAUAAACUUCUUUAAUUUGCGAA